CUGAGCGCCACGGCGGAGCAGCCCCGGCGGUGGCUGCAAAGGGGCGGGUAGCUGCUGGUGCUGCUGCUUCCCCGGGCAAGCCGCUGCCUCGCUUUGCCCAGCAGCUGGAGAAAGGCCGCUUCGCAGCUUCCAUGCGUGGCCGGGCCGGAUCCGAGACGGGAGCUACCUUUCGGAAGGGACAAAAGACCGAGGAGAGCGAGAGAACUUUCUGCCACAUUUUUAAGAUCAAUGAUACAAGAAUCAAACACAGUGGCUCUUAGGGAAGAUUCUGUCGGACUGCGGCGUUAUUGGGACUAAAGACCUCACCAGUCUUCUUCUAAUCCAAGCAGCACACCAAGAAUUAGGUCCCCCCCUCAGGCACCUCUUCACUGCCGUUAAUAGCUAUGACUGGGAAGAUGGCCUCUAGUCUCACUUGUGCUGGAGUGAUCUGGGCAUUUUUUUCCUUCCUCUGCGCCGGUGUUUCCUGCGUGGGGUUCUUCAUGCCUUACUGGCUGCUGGGAUCUCAGCUGGAGAAGUCGGUGUCGUUCGGCACUUUCCGCAGAUGCUCCUACCCGGUGCGAGACGAGAGCCGCCAGAUCACCGUGAUGGUGGAGCAGUGCGGACGCUACGCCUCUUUCCAGGCCAUUCCAAGCGUGGAGUGGAGGAUCUGCACGGUGGUGACGGGCUUGGGCUGUGGUCUUCUCCUCCUGGUGGCCCUGACUGCCCUCAUGGGAUGCUGUGUGACCGAGCUUAUCUCCAGGGCUGUGGGCAGGGUUGCCGGAGGCAUCCAAUUCUUGGGAGGCUUGUUAAUUGGUUCUGGUUGUGCUCUUUAUCCUCUGGGCUGGGACAGUGAAGAAGUCAGGCAGACCUGUGGCAACCUUUCCAACCAGUUUGAACUGGGCACUUGUGAAAUCGGCUGGGCCUAUUACUGCACCGGAGGAGGUGCUGCUGCGGCGAUGCUGAUCUGCACUUGGCUGGCCUGUUUUUCAGGCAAGAAACAGAAACAGUAUCCUUACUGAGGCAAGAGCGAGGCCCAGACAGCAAGCAAACCAGUGUCGGGGAGAGCGACAAAGAAACGCGUGUGCCAGCCUCUCUCGGAGAGUUGCCUUCGCUCUUCCUUGUAGUUGGACCUAAGUAAAACGAUGAAGUUGGAAUUGAUGUGUGACGCUGUGAAUGGUGGUGGGGGCGUCUCCCUCUCUUAAUGGAAUAAACAGAAUUUCAUGCAAGGCGCAGAAACCUAUUCCCAGCAGAUUUUGGUCAAGUAGAACUACAGGACCUAACCCCUAUCUGGAAAAAAAAAAGCAACUUCUUUGUUUGAGCAGAUUAGCAAUCGAAAGGGUUACGAAAAUACCCUGUCGGAGGACCAGAAUGUAGCCUUGUAAACGGCUGUUUCCACAGCUUUGUGAGUUGGGGGUGGAUUAGGACGGUGUCUCUUGACAGCUGGUAUUCAUUUGGACGUAAGCACUGAUUUCCUUGGAGCGAUGAGCGAGACCACUUUGCGGCCGGAGCGGUUGCCGCGUUCAGCUAGAGGCAAGAGAUUUGUAGGCCUUAAAAGUAUUAGCCUUUUAGAGGUUUCCCAAGUUGAUGUGUUGGCCCGAUUUGGAGUUGAGACAAACUUAAUGCAAAAGAGGGAAAAAACGCUCCCUUGUUGCGAGAUUCCUGAAAAGCACACCUGCGUAUUUUUGCACAGACACUUUCCCUUUCCCAACGUGUCACAGCCUCGCAGAGGAGUAUGAAGACCAACCGGCUUACAAACAAUUCGACUAGUCUUUGACGGUCUUGCCCAGUGCGCCGCUUCGGCUGUAACUAGCUGAAGCUCAUUCCGGAAGGCGUUGUUACUCAGGCAAAAGGGUCACGGCCAAGAGAGUCUUUUCAUCCUCCAUUUAGAAGCACAGAAACCCACACAGACAGUCUUCCGUUCCCAUCCACACACACCAACUCGCUCCUUUCUUAACACAAAGCAUCCAGGGUUGGCAUUAUGCACAAACGCGCGUCAGUGGUCACCCGCCAACCACUUUGUUUUGCACAAAAAGAACCGUUUUGGGAAGAGGCACUGGGGAGUGGCGAAGGAGGAGGCCAGGGUGCCUAUCCCGCCUUCCCCGUCUCCCCUUUCUGAACAGCGGGAGGGCUCAAGCUACCCUUCCGCACACUUGUGUGAAACAUGUAGUUUGGCCCACAUUUCUUUGCAGUCUCGUAACACACGACUCAGGCUUCUUCGCUCAGAGAUUCAUUCUACUCUUCUCCCCCCACUGGCCUACACAGACAGUUCCCCCUCAAAACACACUUCCUCCCUCCAUACAAAUGCAGCGCAGUAUGCAGAUUUCUCACUGCCCCUUUCCUACGCCUCUCCCCUUCCACCACAGUCUCCGCCCUGCUCUCUCUCUGGGCGAUUUCUCACUAGAGCUGCCUCGCAGCACAGCGCCGU